CACGCCGCCCGCCCGCCCGCCCGGAGCCGCUGUCCCGGGCCUGGCCCGUGCGCGCCCGCCUGCUGGACCAGGGCACCGCCGGCCUCCUGGGCACCGGGCUGGGCGAGGGCGCUGACCUCAGCCUAGAAGGCCUUAGGAUCCUGGAGAGGCUCGUGCGUCCGCGGGGGGGCCUGCGAGUCGCACGUCCUCGGGGCGCGCUUGUGUCCCUCGCUCCUCGGCGGGGCGAGGUCAGGUGUCCUCCGCCUUCUGUUUCUCUCCUCCCCGCUCUCCUCUCCCUCCCCCGACUCCUGUGACCGUGGGAGUUCCCGCCCGCCCCCUCCUGCAGGGGUGUAGCAGGCUGCGGAGCUGUCAGCGGCCCCCGCAGCCACCCUUGCCCAAACUCUCCGGAAGCGGCCCGCGCUCAGGCCGCCACCGCUGCCUCGGCGGACCCACCGGUUGGACCCCCGAGACGCCGGCCCUUCUCCCCGCAUCCAAACUUGGAGCACUUGACCUUUUGGCUGUCGGAGGAGGAGGAGACAGGUCUGCAGGUGGCUGGGGCAGCUGCGACGAGGCGGAGGGCAUCUUGCCUGGAGAUCGGCUGCUCUCCCCGACUCGCGGCGUUUGCCUCCGGGAUCCUAAGGUGUACUGUCUUAGGCGCAUGUUUGACUGAGACCUAGAGUCAUGGAUGUGAGCGCCCGUCUGGCCCUGUGGCUCCUCUGGGGGCUUCUGGUGCAUCAGGGCCAGAGCCUCAGCCAUAGUCACAGCGAAAAGGCGACCGGAGCUGGUCCAGGGGCGCCUUCGGAGGAGUCCACUGCAGCAGAGUUUUGCCGGAUUGACAAACCGCUGUGCGACAGUGAAGAUGAGAAGCUCAGCUUUGAGGCAGUGCGAAACAUUCACAAAUUGAUGGAUGAUGAUGCCAAUGGUGAUGUGGAUGUGGAAGAAAGUGAUGAGUUCCUGAGGGAAGACCUUAAUUAUCACGACCCAACAGUGAAACACAGCACUUUCCAUGGUGGGGAUAAGCUCAUCAGUGUGGAAGACCUGUGGAAAGCAUGGAAGUCCUCAGAAGUGUACAACUGGACCGUGGAUGAGGUGGUACAAUGGUUGAUCACUUAUGUGGAGCUGCCUCAGUAUGAGGAGACUUUCCGGAAGCUGCAGCUAAGUGGCCAUGCCAUGCCCAGGUUAGCUGUAACCAACACCACCAUGACAGGGACUGUGCUAAAGAUGACAGACCGGAGCCAUCGACAGAAGCUGCAGUUGAAAGCCCUGGAUACGGUGCUGUUCGGGCCUCCUCUCUUGACUCGCCACAAUCACCUCAAGGACUUCAUGCUGGUGGUAUCUAUCGUUAUUGGUGUGGGCGGCUGUUGGUUUGCCUAUAUCCAGAACCGUUACUCCAAGGAGCACAUGAAGAAGAUGAUGAAGGAUUUGGAAGGAUUGCACCGAGCCGAGCAGAGUCUACAUGACCUUCAGGAAAGGCUGCACAAGGCCCAAGAGGAGCACCGCACAGUGGAGGUGGAGAAGGUCCAUCUGGAGAAGAAGCUGCGUGAUGAGAUCAGCCUCGCCAAGCAGGAAGCACAACGGUUGAAGGAGCUGCGGGAGGGCACCGAGAAUGAGCGGAGUCGCCAAAAAUAUGCAGAGGAAGAACUGGAGCAGGUCCGAGAAGCACUGAGGAAAGCAGAGAAAGAGUUGGAAUCACACAGCUCGUGGUAUGCUCCAGAGGCCCUGCAGAAGUGGCUACAGCUGACACAUGAGGUGGAGGUGCAGUAUUACAACAUCAAGAAGCAAAAUGCAGAGAAGCAGCUGCUGGUUGCCAAGGAGGGGGCUGAGAAGAUAAAAAAGAAGAGAAACACACUCUUUGGCACCUUUCAUGUGGCCCACAGCUCUUCCCUGGAUGAUGUGGAUCACAAAAUCCUAACAGCUAAGCAAGCUCUGAGCGAAGUGACAGCAGCACUGCGGGAGCGGCUGCAUCGUUGGCAACAGAUUGAGAUCCUCUGUGGCUUCCAGAUUGUCAAUAAUCCUGGCAUCCACUCACUGGUGACUGCCCUCAACAUAGACCCCAGCUGGAUGGGCACUGCACGCCCCAACCCUGCCCACUUUAUCAUGACUGACGACGUGGAUGACAUGGAUGAGGAGAUUGUGUCGCCCUUGUCCAUGCAGUAUGCUGCCUGGCUGAUGGGGCGUAGGUUCAGUGAUCGCUCUCUCUGCUCUGCAUCCGUCGGCUCGGAUGAUCAGUCCCUCUGGAAAUACCCGGCCCCCAGCCUGCAGAGCAAUGUCCGGCAGCGUCUGACGGAGUCACAGCAUGGCCUGGGAUCUCAGAGGGAUUUGACCCAUUCCGAUUCGGAGUCCUCCCUCCACAUGAGUGACCGCCAGCGUAUGGCUCCCAAACCUCCUCAGAUGGUCCGCGCUGCAGAUGAGGUUCUCAAUGCCAUGAUUUCCAAUAGCAGCCACCGGCUGAUUGAGGGGGUCCACCCAGGGCCUCUGGUGGAGAAACUGCCUGACAGCCCUGCCCUGGCCAAGAAGACAGUACUAGCGCUGAACCACGGGCUGGACAAGGCCCACAGCCUCAUGGAGCUGAGUCCCUCGGCCCCGCCUGGUGGCUCUCCUCAUUUGGAUUCUUCCCAUUCUCACAGCUCCAGUUCCCCAGACCCAGACACACCAUCUCCAGCCGGGGACAGCCGAGCCGUGCAAGCCAGUCGCAACACACGCAUUCCUCACCUGGCUGGCAAGAAGGCUGUGGCUGAGGAAGAUAAUGGUUCAAUUGGUGAGGAGACAGACUCCAGCCCAGGCCGGAAGAAGUUUCCCCUCAAAAUAUUUAAGAAGCCUCUGAAGAAGUAGGCAGCAUGGAGGUGGCAGUGGUAGAACAGCUUGUCCUUCCCUGAGUCUUCUGCCUCUUCUUCCCUCCUUUAAAGAUAUCUAUGCUAGAGUGGGGUAUGGAGUGUCUGGCUCAGGGGCCUGGGCACUGUACAAACCCACCCCCUCACCCUUGGGUCCUUCAUCAUUAUUUAUUAACUAAACCACCAUGGCCCGCCUGCCCUGCCUCCUCCCACCGUGGGCUGCUGCUGCCACCCUUCUCACUUCAGUGCAUGUCUUAGUUGCUGUUCCCUCAGCUCCCAGCUCCACCUCUGGGGUCCAGCUUCUGUCUUUGCUAUCCCAAUUUUGAGGUUUGAUUUUUUUUGUUGUUUUGUGUUUGUUUCCUGCUUUCAGGCUCCUACCUUCUACCACUCCCCAACUCCCCCUAGCAGUUGCAGGGAAGAUAGGAGUAAUAACUCCGACCUCUGUGCCUCUGAUCUGAACCACCCCACCCUCAGUGGUUUCUUUUGCCACAGACUGGGACCUAGGGCCUAACCUUUGCGAUUUGUUCUUCAGGAGUGUGGUGGGCCAAAGCUAGAACCUCAUCUUGGAGCUUACUUAGGCCUCCCAGCACCCAUGGGAGACUGAAAGCAUUUCCCAGAGUACAAGUCACCAGAGAAUUUUGAGAGGCUUGGCUUGGGACUGCAUUGGGAAGACGUGCUUUGGUUAGUGGAUGCCAGAGCAAUAGGCUAUGAGGCAGUCACCCUUUGUUUUCCUGCCCACUCCUGCCUCCCUCUACCCCUGCUCUGCCAUACUGCAGAAGGGUUUGUCUCUAAGAGGUGCUGCCGUAAAGCUCCCCAGAAUCAAUGCUCCUAGGGCUCAGAGUAUUGGCUCCCCUGGCAUGAAGUCCAUAGCUGUGACACAGGGCUGUAAAGGAGCUCUGGGUAUGUUUUGAGCCAAAAGAUAGAGUUUAAAUGUCAAAAAAGAAAUAUCCUGAAUUUCCCAAGUGCCUGCACCACAUACUCCUCUUGUCAGACCCCAUUUUUAUGUUACUGCAUAGCCUGGGCCAAAGGCUUAAAAAUGACACAGUUGGUUUGGGGAAGGGGUGUCUAAGGAAUCUGGUGUAGGUGAAGGUGGCUGUGUUAUUUCCCCCUCCUGCUGUUCUAGCCAACUCUCCCUUACCUGUUUUUGCUAUGGCUGUAAAGGUAUUUUCCCUCUGCCCCACUCCCUGCCACGCCUUUACCCUGGGAUCCUUUUUUUGGGUCUGGAGUGGGUGCACCUGGGGCUGGUUUUCAGAGGGUGCUGGGCUACAGACUGCCUUGUACUCUCUGGAAACCUCACAUGGGUUUUUCUGUGUUAUUUCAUAAGACUCUUUGAAGUCUAAUAAAGCAUGUAGGAGAUUUUAA